AUGAGUCUUCUUGUUAAACAUAUCAAAAAGAUAGAUUUUUUUGGAGCUCCUUUAGUGUAGUAAAUUGAUUAAGAAUAGUCCAUUUAUAAAAGCAUAUUGGGAGGGGUUAUUACAUUAUUAAUUUGCUCUGCAAGUCUAUUGUAUACAAUCUGGGUUAUAUAUUUAUGGUAUACAAAUUAAUUUAGCCCUAAAAUAUCAAGUUCUGUAUAUGUUUCUAAUUUUGAGUUAUUGGACAUCAACUAUGAUCUAAUCAAAAUUUGUUAUUAUAAAUAUGAAGAAAACUUGAUAGACCCUUUUGAAGCUAAAGUUCUAUUACCUUUAAUAAUGUAUACUGAAAAUUAUACAUUUACGGAAACAAAAGUAUUGAAUUUAACAAAUGAAAUAACUUAUUAUGGAAAUAGAUACAUCAUACCUUAAAUGAGAUUAGGAUUCACUGAAAUCAAUGGCGUAUUAAUUACUACAUCUGAAAUGUAUAUAUAAAUAGUUAAAUGCACACCUGAACUUUUAGGAGAAGGAGAGUAAUGUGCAUCAGAAGAAAUCAGUAAUUAGUUUUUUAGUUAAGCUUAAAAUAUUAUCAUUAUGCAAAUCAAAAACAAAUAACUUAAUUCAAAAGAUGGUUCAAUGUAGUCAAGUGUUUAAGAGUUUUUUGUUUAAGUAGAAAAACCUAAUUGUUAUACUCUAAAUACAUUUCUUUAAAGUAGUUUUUAUGAAGUCAAAGAUUCAAUACUAUUUGGAUCACCUAAGUAUUAUGAAUAUGUAAAUGGCGCAUUGAUUUAACCAUAAACUAAUACAGUAGAAUAUUGUCAAUAAGCUUAUGGAGAUGAAACAUAUGCAUCACUUUAUAUUGUUAUGAAAGGAAAUUAAAUUAAAACAAUCCUUGAGUAUCCAAAUGCAGGUGAUUUACUUGCUAACAUUGGUUCUAUUGUUUCAGUCUUAUUUAUGGUAAGGCAUAUUAUUGUUUUCUUCAACUCUUAUUUUUUGAAUGAAAAAAUAAUUAAUGAAAUGAUUUCUUAUUAUUAUCCUUAAUUUUCUUUAAUUAAAACUCACAAAAAUUGGAAAUAAGAAAUUGUUAAUGUUACUCUAUAAAAAUAAACACUUGAUUUAAAUGAAUAUAAAAGGUUUUAUGAAGAUAUAAGAUCUAAAAUUGAAUAAAAGCUAACAUAUGUUAAUAUGCUCUAUGAAAUGUCAAGGAUCUAUAUUUUAAUUCGCUCAAGCAAAUCUAUAGAUGAAAUUAAAAAAUGUCAUUCUUUAGGAGUAAAACUUGGUCAUCUAAGAUAAACUACAUUAGGAAUAGAUCCUUUCUCUAAAUGUGGUUUAAGUUCUAAAGAAUUAGAAGAUCAAAUACUCAAUGAUGAAGAUAUUGGUAUUCUAUCUUUACAUGAAAGAAAAAAAUAAUUUAAAAUAAAUAAUAUAGUCGAUGAGGAACCUGAGUUAAUAGAUUUUUAUGAUUUAAAUAGAAUUAAAUUAUGA